GAGAGGGGGGAGGGGGGUACUGCACUGUCGUUACGAGUCCAAGUGGAGAAGGCAGGAAGAGAGACGCAUUAUUGCAGCAGCCUACAGUGCCAUAACACUUUCACGGACGGAACAACCGCACUUCGACAAGACGCACGUCCGUCUGCACACAGAGAGAGAGAGAGAGAGAGAAAGAAAGAAAGAGAGAGAGGUGGGGGAAGAAAUCAAACAGAGACAUCAUAAUUUUCAUGACUGGACUUUUUUCCCCUCAAUUUUUAAAAUUGCACGCAUUUGUCAGUAGCUUUUAGUAGAGGCAACUCAACAUCCAGCCAAUCAGUGCUGCGCUUCAGCAUCCAGGCGCAGGAUCACUUGGAGCAGCUGGACGCAGACCUGCAGGGAGCCAAACAUGCGUGGAUUUCUCCUGAACGGAUUAUAAUCUAGAAGUACUUUGCUCUUGAAGCUGCUCUCUUCACUUCCUGCUCUCCAGUCCCAUCACACAGUGAAUUAUCACCCGACCCAGUACUACGUGUCUCGGUAUUGCAGUACUUUGCUGACACUUGCAGUAUAAAUGCAUCGCUAGAAGAUCUGCUCCACUGCGCCAAGAACGUCCGCCUCAGUUUACUUGUUGUACUUCAGACCCUCCCUCUCCUGCCUCUCAGCCUGUCACCCCUCCUCCGCUGCCCGUGAGUCAGUUCAAACAGCUGCAUAGAAGAUGUCUGCCCCAGAUGCUGCUGCCCCAGGUGGAGCCCCCGGUGCUCCAGGAGCCCCCGGUGCAGAUGGAGCUCCAGGCGGUGGACCCCCCGCCCCACCCAAUACCAGCAGCAACCGCAGGCUACAGCAGACACAGGCCCAAGUCGAGGAGGUGGUGGAUAUCAUGCGGGUGAAUGUGGACAAGGUUUUGGAAAGGGACCAGAAGCUUUCAGAGCUGGAUGACAGAGCGGACGCUCUUCAGGCUGGAGCCUCCCAGUUUGAAAGCUGUGCAGCCAAGCUAAAGAACAAGUACUGGUGGAAGAACUGCAAGAUGAUGAUCAUGAUGGGCAUCAUUGGAGUCAUUGUGGUUGGAAUAAUAUUCUUGUACUUCUUCUACUGAGCUCAGCCCAUCCACAGAGAUGGACAUGGACUUGAGAAUGAUAUGAGAGGGAAGAGAGAGAAGAAAAAAAAAAAAAAACCUAAACGCCACUCCUCCCCUUUUAUCCAUCCUCUCCUCCCUCUCUUCACACAGUCUUCCAUCAAACCAUCUUGCACUUAUACAUGACAGUAGUGUUUAUAGGUGUCUCUGCUCUUUGUCCCCCUUUCCCUCCCUACUUGUUUUGGUGUAAAGUCUUACUCACUCUCUCCUGUCUCUGCACCUCAUGUAUUAUUGAAGGACGCAGCAGGCAGAGUGAAAGUGGAAGAAAGAAAAAGGGAAAGAGGGGGAGAGAAAACCCUUGCGACACGGGAACACGUGGGGCUAGGCCCACUGGACAGAGCUAUGGGGGAAAAAACACGGGGCGAGACAAAGGACGAGAGGUGGAGAAUGUGUGCAAGAAGAUUGAACAAGAGUUUGCAGUCCUUUCUAUCCCAGACACACCAAAGCUUGUUCAUAUUACCUUUUUUGAGAGUCCUACAUUUGUAAAUUGAUACUAACACACUCCUUCUGUCAUAACUGCUGCCGUCAUUGCUUCUUACUAACACUAAGUCAUAAUAGAUUAAGAUUAUGAUCAUUUUUGUUGUAUGCGCGUGUGUGUAUUUGUGACCCAAAGUAUUGUAGCCAGUAGCUUUAUCCCAGUUUAGCUAAUGGGCUUUUACUAGUAAUUUGUUCUUUUCCUUUCCUGUCUAAUUUAUUUCAUGUAGUCUCUUAAUUCUGCAACGCUCAAUAUUGACAUUGACAAGAAAAAAAAACAUGUGGAAAAGGAAAAGACACUGUGUGAGACCAUAAGGAAAGGAAAAAGUGAUUCAGGGAAAGGUAGUAAGAGCAUUGUGACAUUUAUUUUUCCUGUAUAAAUAAGUGAAACUUAAUUCUGAACUGAUAAGCAAUUAUUGAUGAAGUAGUUGUAUAACUGUGCUUACUUUAUACCUGGCGUUUUGUACUACAGGUGGUGGCAUAGUGGUAGUGUUAUGCUUAGUGGCAUAGUAUUACGAACAGCAAGAAAAACAGACAAGCAGCCACUAACAGACAAUCUACUGUACACAUGAGUGGACCAGAGGAGGGUCUCUUAACUCUGACUUGGACAGAGUCACAGCCAUAGACAGAAGAAUGUGUAAAGUCACAUUUCAAACAGGUACAGAUGUCCACUUGUGUUGAGAGCUGUUCUGACAAAUGGUUUGUUUGUUUGAUUGUCAUUUUAAGUUGACCUGAUCUCCAAAAAAAGCAGGAAAAUGGGAGAAAAGACACAAUUUGCGGAGCCACCUGGCCCUCCCUCCCCCCUCACUCACAUAAAUACAGACUCACUCCUCACCUGCAGUGCGUUAAAGGCCAAAAUGAGGUUUGUUUCUUACUUGCAUGGCAAACAGUGUCCAUAGUUUUGCCUAUUUGUGUGACCUGUGUAUCUGCCAUUUCUGAAUCUAACUGCCGAUUGUACAUUUUCUUUUGUUAGUGGUUUUAAGGACCUGUGUAUAAUGUCUUUCUGAUCUGACAACUACUGCUUAUGCAAUGCAAUGAUGCUCAAAAGUUUGCCACAUUUUGUUGAAUUCAGUUCCUUUUGAGAGAAAAAUAAUAUUCAGAGACUGCAAAGAACUGCAACUAUAGUGAACUGUUAAAAACAUGUAUGAGUUGAACCAUAGUACAUGUCUGUCGGGAAAAGUGUUUAUAAAUUCUUUCAGAUUUUUGGGGGUAUUGUUGGAUUUAACUGAAAAGCUAAUUUUCCUCUCUUAGGACUGAUUGAGAGUUGAUAAAAAUGUGAAAAUAUGGACAACCCUAAUGUGCAAAAUGCAUUUAUGCAUAACUGCAGCUGUUAAUCAAAAAUUAUCAAAUGAUAUUGUGCACCAAUAUUAUUUGGUAAUGAACACAUGAGAUAUGCCAACAUGUUUUCUGAUUUACAACCUUAAAAUGCAGUAAGAGAUGCAACUAGGUUUGCGAAAACAAAUGCAUGCUUACCACUUUUGCUGAUGCCAAUAAAGAAAUCAUCAACA